AAUAAAAAAUUCUCAGUUCAAAGAUGCUGACUUCACAGUUGAUGACCUCUGCCAGUUAAAGUCCAGAGAUCGGGGUAGUGUGACGAGUUUGAGCAGUGAUUUCUCUCUCAUCACAGAAGAUACACCUGCUCCCUCCAGUCUACAUGCAGAAGCCACAGACCUGACUACCAGUGGACCACAGGCUUCUAAUGGGAGGAAAGGCAUGCCGUUGUCUUCUCAUUCUGUGCAUUGGAACCGACCGCUUGCUUCAGAGGAGCGAAUGCCUAAUAUAAUCACUGAGGCCAGUCCUCUGGGGUCUUUUAAGUCCUCAAGCUCCUCCUCAUCCAACCACUCAGAUCAAAAUGUUACACGGACAGGAAGUACCCCAUUAGCUGUACCAGGAAGGAGGCCAAGAGUGGAAUAUGCUCGGUCAGGCUCCUCGCUGUCCACAGAUUAUGGCAGUUGGCAGAUUGUCUCAGGAUGUGGGAGCAUCCACGAUCUUCCCCCAGUGCCCUCAGAGUCUCCUCUGCCAUUCAGCUUCCAGGAUGAGGGUCCCAGCGGACAAAUGUGCACAUUUGUACCUGACAGGCAAGUGAGGUUGGAGGCAGUGAGGGAAUUGUUCCUUGCAGCCUAUAGCUCUACAGUAGGACUCAAGUCAUCGUCUCCAAGCCCCUCCGGUGCCAUCUCAGGCCUGCUGGAGCAGUUUGCCCGUGGGGUCGGCCUUCGUGGCACUAAUGCCAUUAUCUGAUACAUUUCACUCAACUUUUACACACCCUCAGGACUUUUCAGGUCAUCUUUUUUUUUCUCCUCUGCAUCUUGAUGUUGCACCAUAUCUACCACAUCAGGAGUACCUAAUUUAUUGGUGAAGCUGUACAGUGUAUUUCAUCCCCUCGUCCAUCUCUCAGCUUCUAGCAGCUCCUCUCUUCUCUUCUCACUCUUAUAGUCUGCUCUCACUUAUUCCAGUGCAAUCCUCUUCCUGUAAAAAAAGAAGAGUGCCAAAUCUAAAUACAGGGCUACAUUAAACUGACUGUUUUUUCUUUUACUUUAUGAAAAUGUUGUUCUCUACAGACCAAAUAAUACAGUACGUCCAUUUAUUUUCUAAUUUAGAUUUUAAUUUGUGCUGUCUUUCGUCUUUCUUUUACUUUUUUGCAUGUUGCACAUUUGUACUGUAAUAGGGAAGAAUAGAGAGGGGCAGGAAAGGGAAAAUUAUCUCAUAAUCUCAAAAAUGAAAAAUGCUUAAAAUUAUACUUUUAACAAAAAGGUGAUUAUAAUAGAGGAAAAAUGAUUUAUUCACCCAUUUUAAUGGCUUGUUUUAUUUUAGUUGCUGACUGUCUUACACACUUAAAAGACAUUGCUCUUGAAAUUAUUGUAGUGAGUGACUGCUUUUUAGACCUUCAGGAUUUGAACUAAGCCUAAAGACAGUCAGUUGUUUUGUGGUAGUUUUAGAAAUGGAAACGGUUUGGGCAGUGGUAAUGUAAGACAAUGUCAUUGUUCUUUUAAUGAACAUUUUGUUUUUAAUUAUUUAAUGAGUGUGUGUUAUGAAUUUAAUUCACUUUUGUUGUCUCUAGAUUCUUUUUAAACUGCAGUACUCAAGUACACAAAAUUGUAAAGAUUAAUUUAAUCAGAGCUAAUCUAUACAGAACAGCAGUCCAUGUCCUGCACUCACUUUUUCCUAAGUCAAGUCGUUUUUGUUAUUAGACAAGAGUUUUUUUUUUUUUUUCCUGAAUGAUUUGGGGUAAAUGCCUCAGAAUAACUGAUUUGCCUUAGCAGUAUAUAUUGAUGAAUGGCUAUACGGUUGCACUUGAAUUCAAGGAUUGAAAACAUGGAAUUAGUAGUAUUUUGGACGUAAAACCAUUGUGGCCUCAUUACCUCAGGGCCUUUUAUUGUGCCUUUUGUUCUUAAGGAGAUACAAUUCUGUUUUCAUGCACAGCUGUAUUAUUUUGCUUUUAGAUUUAAAACCAUGCCUUGCUAUAUAUCUGUUUCUCUUUUUGUUAGCUUUUUGUUAGCCGAUGUCCGUGUGUACUGUAGCAGCUUCCAG